AAGAUUCAAGAUGUCUGGCUGGGAUGAAGGUGCGGUAUACUACAGCGACCAAGCACAGUUCCCUCACGGCGGCGGUGCCGGCACCGAUCCGGAACAGGCGGCCAGUCGUCACACCGUGCUCAGGAAGUUUAAAGAGUUCAUCAGGAACUUCGCUCGUCAGAAUGAGCCCAACGUCUUCCCUUACAGAGAAAGCCUCAUUCAAAACCCUAAGUUCCUCCUCGUCAACCUUUCCGAUCUCCUCACCUAUGACAAAGACCAAGAUCUUCGAGAUUUGCUCCGGAAAAAUCCUUCCGAUCACCUCCCUCUGUUUGAAACUGCUGCGGCAGAGGUUAAUGCAAAUUUGAAGUCAAGAGUUGCUGGAGAGACUGGUGAAAUGGAGGAGCCACAGACAGGGGAGGUUCAAAUUUUGUUGAAAUCAGACGAGGACCCUGUAUCAAUGAGAUCCCUUGGGGCACAAUACAUAUCCAAACUAGUCAAGAUAUCUGGGAUUACGAUUGCUGCAUCUCGGACAAAGGCAAAAGCAACUUAUGUGACUUUGUUGUGUAAGAACUGUAAAAAUGUGAAGGUGAUUCCUUGCCGCCCAGGGCUAGGUGGAGCGAUUGUUCCAAGAUCAUGUGAUCAUGUGGCACAGAUGGGGGAAACGCCAUGCCCUAUUGAUCCUUGGAUUGUGGUGCCAGAUAGAAGCAAGUAUGUUGAUCAACAGACAUUGAAACUUCAGGAGAACCCUGAGGAUGUACCAACAGGGGAGCUACCAAGGAACAUGCUUCUAUCUGUAGAUAGACAUCUUGUUCAAACAAUUGUGCCUGGUACAAGAUUGACCAUAAUGGGAAUUUACAGCAUAUUUCAAGCUGCCAAGUCAUCUACAUCUCACAAAGGAGCAGUUGCAGUUAGACAACCAUAUAUAAGAGUUGUUGGAAUCGAAGAAACAAAUGAAGCUUCUCGUGGCCCUGCCAAUUUUACAACAGAAGAGAUUGAAGAAUUCAAAAAAUUUGCAUCUGAAGGCAAUGUAUAUGAAAACAUAUGUUCCAAAAUUGCUCCAUCCAUAUUUGGCCAUGAAAAUGUAAAAAAAGCUGUGGCUUGUCUCCUGUUUGGAGGAUCGAGGAAGACUUUGCCUGAUGGUGUGAAAUUGAGGGGUGAUAUCAAUGUUCUACUCUUGGGGGACCCAUCCACCGCAAAAUCACAGUUUCUUAAGUUUGUCGAGAAGACAGCUCCUGUAGCCGUAUAUACUUCUGGGAAAGGCUCAUCUGCUGCGGGGCUUACGGCUUCUGUCAUUCGUGACAACAGCACUCGCGAGUUUUAUCUGGAAGGAGGAGCCAUGGUUUUGGCUGAUGGGGGUGUUGUCUGCAUAGAUGAAUUUGACAAAAUGAGACCAGAGGACAGGGUUGCUAUACAUGAAGCCAUGGAACAGCAAACAAUAUCAAUUGCUAAAGCAGGGAUAACAACUGUUCUGAACUCUAGAACCUCUGUGCUUGCAGCAGCAAAUCCUCCAUCAGGGCGUUAUGAUGAUCUUAAGACUGCACAAGAUAAUAUUGAUUUACAGACCACAAUUCUUUCAAGAUUUGACCUGAUCUUCAUCGUGAAAGAUAUUAGGAUGUACAGCCAAGACAAGAAUAUAGCUAGUCAUAUUAUUAGAGUCCAUGCAUCUGCUGAUUCAGCCAACGAUGCUAGGGAUACCAAAGACGACAACUGGCUUAAAAGGUAUAUUCAGUACUGUCGAACCAUGAGUCAACCGCGUUUAUCAGAUUCUGCAGCCACAUUGUUGCAGGAGAGUUAUGUUAGAAUUAGACAGGAUAUGAGGCGACAGGCAAAUGAAACUGGGGAAUCAACUGCUGUACCAAUAACUGUAAGGCAGCUGGAAGCUAUCGUAAGGUUGAGCGAGUCACUAGCAAAGAUGAGACUGUCAAAUGUUGCAAAUGACAACCAUGUACAGGAAGCUAUUAGACUUUUCAACAACUCAACGAUGGAUGCUGCAAAAUCUGGAAUAAACCAGCAUAUUAAUCUUACUCCUGAGAUGGCAAAUGAGAUAAAGCAAGCGGAAAGCCAAAUAAAGAGAAGAAUGGGAAUUGGAAGUCAUUUAUCAGAGAGAAGACUGAUUGAUGAUCUGACGAGGAUGGGGUUGAAUGAAUCUAUAGUAAGGAGAGCACUGAUAAUAAUGCAUCAGAGGGAUGAAGUUGAAUACAAGAGAGAAAGGCGUGUGAUUCUUCGGAAAGCUUGAGAUAUGUGUUUUCUUUAUAUUAGUCGGUCGAUUGAUGCUGAAACUUGUGUAACUUGAAUUUAAGAAACAUGAGUUAUAGUACUAGUAGAAGGUGUUAUGCUUAUUGUUUGAUAAAACAGAACACUGAAGAAAACAAGACAAAUCAGAGUCGACAUU